AGUUCACAAAAGUGGGAAAAGAGAGAGAAAAAUGGAACUUGGUUUUCUUGAGGAGCUACUAGCUCCAAGAAAAGACACAUGGAAUACUUUAUCCAAUGGUUUGAAUGAGUUACUACUCCCUAAUGGUUGGACCUUUGACUCAUUUGAUGAAAAUCUUCUCAUCAAUCCAUCUUUAAACCCUUCAUUUGCUUCAUUCUCAACACCAUUAGACCAUAGAUUUGAAUGUCCUUAUGGAACUGAUGCAUCAUCAUAUCCUUAUCUAUCUGAUUGAUUCUCAGUUCCUGAGUUUGAUGAUUCAGCACCACUUUUACCACAACAAGAAAGUAUUGAAGAGUUUGGAUUUGUUGGAAGUGAGAACAAGAGUUUGGAACAAAGUAAAAUCAGCUGCAAAGUUGAGGAACAAGUUAGUGAGACUCCAGUUUUUAACAUGGGUUUGUGUGAUGAGAAAAAAGCCAAAUCCAAAAGGGUUGAAAGGAGAAGAAGAAAGCGUUUGAAUGACAGGCUUUCCAUGCUUAGGUCAAUUGUACCUAAGAUCAGCAAGGUGAUUCAAUAUAUAUAAUGUCUAUGUUUUAUGUUGUCUGGCUCCGACACUUCAGAUUGAAGAUAUGUCUGGUGUUUGACACGACACCGAUAUAUAUAAUUAUGUUCAGUUAUUCUUUUUUGUCAAAUUAUUAUCGGUGUCAAGCAUUAGUGUUGUGUUUGGUGUUAA